UCAACACAGUGUCCGUGAGUCAGCGAGAGCAGGCGGUUUGAAACUCGCUUUCAGCUGACCGUGAGGUUAAUAAAGGUCGACCUUAAGUGAUCGCAAUUACGCAUGCACACAGAACAACCGGAAUCGUAUAAUUACGCGAGUGCCGCAGGCCUGCGUGCACUGGUGCAAUUACUAGUCGCAUUAACCGUUGGAGCAUCACUAUCCUCAAUUGUAGAUGCGCGUGAAGAUCGCGAUCGAUUCAUCGAGAACCCUUCGAAAUCACGACGAAACGCGUCGCUCAGUGUAUGAGAUUCAUGAAAAUGAUCCAUCAGAAGUGCAGAGGAGGAUACUAUCCCUCGAGCGAUGUGCGGAGAUUCGAAGUCCCGGAUGACAAAGUACCGUGGUCGGUCGAGUUCAAGGAAUACGAUCCCCCCAACUACUCUUCGCCGGCUCUCGAGGGAAAACAAUGGGCUGAUCCUGACACCCGUAACCCGACUUUCAACCCACGGUGGAAUUCCAUUGACGAAAAGGUGAAUCGUCUGAGCUUCGUGGGUGAUUACAGCAUAAACCAGAAUGGCUGUCCAAUUAACCCAAUCGGUCGAACUGGAAUUACCGGUAGAGGGUUGCUGGGUCGAUGGGGCCCAAAUCAUGCAGCAGAUCCAGUCGUUACUCGAUGGAAACGCAAUGGUACUGGUGCGCUAGAAAUAGACCGAACAACGGAAAAACCUGUCCUACAGUUUGUUUCUAUCCAGAGACGGGAUUCUGGUGCAUGGGCUAUUCCGGGAGGCAUGGUAGAGGUAGGUGAAACUGUCUCGGCUACAUUGAAACGAGAAUUCAUGGAGGAGGCGAUGAAUAUUUUAGAGAAAAGUGAAAGUGAAAGAGAGGAGCUCGAGGAUUCCAUUAAAGCAUUUUUUGAACGUGGAGAUGAAAUUUAUAAAGGAUACGUUGACGAUCCUCGAAACACAGACAAUGCUUGGAUGGAAACGGUUGCAUUAAAUUUUCAUGACGAAGAUGGUAGUACCGUAGGCACUGUUUCGUUAAAAGCAGGAGAUGAUGCAUCGAAUGUAAGAUGGAUGGAUAUAAGUGCACAACUUAAUUUAUAUGCAAACCACAGUGAAUUUAUUAAACGGAUAGCACACAAACGUGGUGCGCAUUGGUAAAUUAAGUACUUUUCACCAACUAAAUAAUGCCUUACUUAAGUGUUAUAUUUCUUGGAUUUAAGACAUUUAACUGUUAAGAAGAUAUUUUAAAUAUAAUAUGUAAAUUAUAGUAACAUUUUAUAUGGGGUGGGGGGGAUAAAAUAGUAAGUUACAUAUAUUUUGGAGUUUAUAUACUUUUUAUAUAAACAUAAAUUAUUCAGUCAUAAAAAAACAAUGUUAUUACGUUAUUAUCAUCUUAAAGAGUACAUGCAUGUUCUUAUAUAUCACUACAGGGGAAACUAAGUAUUUUUAUGGUAUCUAUUAACAAACUUAAUGCCUCAGUUAUAUAAAAUAUACAUCUAAUGAUGUUUAACUACUAUGUAUGCAUCACAGAUAACAUUCCAACAGUAAUCAUAGGAAGUGUCUUAUUACUGUAUCAUAGUCUUGUAAGCACAAUUUUGCAUGCUGGGUCUAUCUUUUAAAGUAUAUUAUUCUCUACUGCUCAACUAAUUGUAUUAAGUGAAGGUGCUGGUUUAUAUCUUUGUCAAUUGUAGCUGUUACAUUAUCUCAUAAAAAUGUAAGCAAUCUAUUUUCACCAUAACUUAAGAAUAAUUCUGUCUGAAAGAAGUUUAUAAUAUAAAAUAAAAGUAUGUAUACAAAUAAGAUAGUUGAUGUAAUAAAACAGUGCAGUUGGUCAUACCUAAGGUCUUAAAAACGAUAA